GUGAAAGUUCACCCGGAAGACUCGGUGAAGGUUUUCAACGCGUGUUCACAUUCUGCGUCAGAGAUUGUUCAUCGUUCACAGUCAUGUCCUACACCUGCAUCAGCUGCCGGGUGGCAUUUGCCGACGGCGAGGUGCAGCGCGCCCACUACAAGACUGACUGGCACCGCUACAACCUCAAGCGCAAGGUGGCAGACAUGCCGCCCGUGACGGCAGAGAACUUCCAGGAGCGGGUGCUGGCUCAGCGGGCGGCGGCCGAGGAGCAGCUCCAGGGCGAGGCGGCGUGGUGCGCCACCUGCAGCAAGAAGUUCUCCAGCGACAAUGCCUUCCAAAACCACCUGCAGUCCCACAAGCACCAGGAGGCGGAGAAGCGCGCGCUGCUGGCGGCACAGAAGAAGGUGGAAAAGAUGAACGAGAAGAACUUGGAGAAGGGCCUGGAUGAGGGCCCCAUGGACAAGAACGCCAAGAACGAGGCGCUCCAGCAGGCCCUGCGAGAGCAGCAGAAGGGCUCUCCCGCCAAAAUGGCCAAGGCCCAGGCUGCUCCUCCGGAGGGGCAGGAGAGGGUGCGGCCGGAGAAGCCCCCGAGACUGCAGUGGUUCGAGGAGCAGGCCAGGAAGAUAAGCGAGGGGAAUGAGGAGGUUGUCGUGGCAGAUGAGGAGUGGGAGGAUGUGAACGAUGAUGAUGACGACGAAGACAUGAUGGAUGAGGAAGAGGAGGAUGCGAUGGAGGCAGAGGGGGAGGAGGCGGCGGCGAGCACCACGUGUGCGCCAUCGACCCCAGGGGCCAUCCCGAUCACAGACUGUCUCUUUUGCACCCAUCACUCACACUCCCUCCUCAAAAACCUGUCUCACAUGACCAAGGCACACAGCUUCUUCCUGCCUGAUGUGGAGUACCUGGUGGACCUGAAGGGCUUCAUCCGGUACUUGGGGGAGAAGGUGGGGGUGGGGAAGGUGUGUCUCUGGUGCAAUGAGAAGGGCCGGUCCUUCUACUCCACCGAGGCGGUGCAGGCCCACAUGAGCGACAAGAGCCACUGCAAGCUCUUCACCGACGGAGACACCGCUCUGGAGUUCGCCGACUUCUACGACUUCAGGUGUAGCUACCCAGACCAGAAGGAGGGGGAGGAUGAUGCCCAGGAGGAAGGGUUGCCAGAGAAGAAUGUGGAGUAUGACGACGAGACCAUGGAACUCACGCUACCCUCAGGCGCUAAGAUCGGACACCGCUCCCUCAUGCGCUACUACAAGCAGCGGUUUGGGGCCCCCAGGACCGUGGCGGUGGCCCACAACAGGAACGCGGUGGGCCGUGUGCUGAAGCAGUACCGAGCCCUGGGCUGGAGAGGAGACGCGGGCAGAGAAGCUGGAUUCCAGAACCAGAAAGACAUGCGCUACAUACAGAGGAUGAAGUCCAAGUGGAUGCUGAAAAUGGGAGUCCAAAACAACGCCACCAAACAGAUGCACUUCCGGGCCCAAGUUAUGUUCUGAGCCGGCUGUGUGGUUGUCUGGGGAAACUCGCCUUGCUUUGGACAGGCCACAGUGGUGAUGAGAGCCCAGACUCAUGAACCCUGAAAUGGGUGAAGCUAUAAGUGACUCACUGGCUUUGAGUAGGACCAGUUUUAGUGUUCUACUUUAGAGACCAUUGUCCUUUUAUUGGUUCGUAAAAGGCAGUGAUUGAUAGCACAAGAUGGGUUCAUCCAUUAUGGGGUCUGUGAAUGCUUACUGUCUCAUCUGCAGCCCACAGGCCAUAUGUGUGUCGUGUUUGUGGUUAUUGGUUGGUGGUGCUGGUAAUGCGCUUGGCUUGCCUAUUCUAACUGGAGAGCUUUCCUUGAAGCAUGGUCCAUAUGUCUGUAAUUACGCUUUUCUCUUCUGAAAUUCUGAACAUUUUUCUGCAUUACCGAAACUAUUAUUUUCCCAAGACAAGGCUAGCGGCCAAAUCAUACUUUCCUGCUAAAUCAUUUUAAAGACACUUUGUACAGUAUACAUUCAUUUAUCUGGAAGGAUACAACAUUUUUGGCGACUUCAUAAAGAAAAGCCAUAAUGAAUACAUUGUGAUUAAUUCCACUGCAUUUUAAUAAAUUACCAUGAAGUAA